UACAAGAGACCGGAAAGAAGGCAUCAUGGAGCUGGAGGAGGACCACCGAGCCGAGCUACGGUACCAUAGAGACCGGAAGGGGGUGUGGAACGGCAAAGCCGGAAGGAAAACCUAGAACUGAGGCGGUGAGGCAAGAUGGCAGCGACCAAGAGGAAACGGCGUGGAGGCCUAGCGGUUCAGGCGAAGAAACCAAAAAGAGACAAAAAGGAUGCCAGGACGGCAGCUAAGCAGAGCGACAUGGCAGAGGAGGUGGAGCAAGAAGAGAGAAACCGUAUCCCAGGCCCCGUUUGCAAGGGCAGGUGGAAAAAUAAGGAACGAAUUCUCAUCUUUUCUUCCAGAGGAAUAAAUUUCAGAACAAGACAUUUGAUGCAAGACUUAAGAAUGCUAAUGCCUCAUUCUAAAGCAGAUACUAAAAUGGAUCGUAAAGAUAAGUUAUUUGUGAUUAAUGAGGUUUGUGAAAUGAAAAACUGCAAUAAAUGUAUCUAUUUUGAAGCUAAGAAGAAACAAGAUCUCUAUAUGUGGCUCUCAAAUUCACCUCAUGGACCAUCUGCUAAAUUCCUUGUUCAGAAUAUUCAUACCCUAGCUGAACUAAAGAUGACUGGAAACUGUUUGAAAGGUUCCCGGCCCCUUUUAUCUUUUGACCCUGUUUUUGAUGAGUUGCCGCAUUAUGCAUUGUUAAAAGAACUCUUGAUUCAGAUCUUCAGUACACCACGAUAUCAUCCCAAAAGCCAGCCAUUUGUGGACCAUGUGUUUACUUUCACCAUUUUGGAUAAUAGAAUGUGGUUUCGGAACUUCCAGAUUAUAGAAGAAGAUGCUGCUCUCGUAGAAAUAGGGCCUCGUUUUGUCUUGAAUCUCAUAAAAAUUUUCCAGGGAAGUUUUGGAGGACCAACUUUAUAUGAAAAUCCUCACUACCAGUCACCAAACAUGCAUCGGCGUGUCAUACGAUCUAUCACAGCGGCAAAAUACAGAGAGAAACAGCAAGUGAAAGAUGUGCAGAAAAUGAAAAAGAAAGAACCAAAGACUAUUCUUCCACAUGAUCCCACUGCAGAUGUUUUUCUUGUACCAGCUGAGGAAAAGCCUAUAGAAAUACAGUGGGUAAAACCAGAGCCAAAAGUUGAUUUGAAAGCAAGAAAGAAAAGGGUAUAUAAAAGGCAAAGAAAAAUGAAACAGAAGAUGAACAGUGGGAAGGCAAAAUGAAUCAAUGGAUAACUAGAUUUUUUCCUGGUAUUUUGUAUUUAUUUUGUAUUCAGUGUAUAAAUACUUCUGUUAUCCAGGGCUGUAUAUCUAGUGUGGCAUUUAAGAGAAAAAAAAAAUUAAAAAUCUUAACAGCUUCACUGUGUUUUUCUAAAUAAAAUAACAAUUCAUCAGUUAA